AAGAAGGUGAAGGUGCUCACCAUAAUUCACAAUGGCAGCAGUCUCAAGAGCAAGGAUGAAAGAAAACAUUCCACCACCUUUUGCAUGCAUGCAUGCAUGACUCUAAUCCCUCUUCCUUCUUGUGGUCCUUUUUAAACUCCUCACACUCAGUCACUCUAACAAAGCCAAUAGGCCAAUUCCAGUCCAACCUCAUCAUGUCUUCAUUCUCUCUCAAAAGUUCAAAACUUAGAGAAAAAAAACAAAAAACAAAAAACAAAACCUCCCUCUAUCACGUGAGCCAUGUAGAGAGAGAAAAUCUAUCUUCUUCAAUAAACAAAGCUAACUGAGUAUUUAUACCUUGGUCUUCACUCCAAUGCAACCAAGUUGGCAGCUGUGCCUCCUCCUGCACUCUUCUUCUCUUCAUAUGCCUCUUGGCUGUAGCUUAAGCAAUCCUCACACCUCACUGUAAGUCCUUUCUCUUUAUCUCUCUCUCUCUCUCUCUCACACACACACACACACACACACUAUAUACCUCCAUUAAUGGCUACUCAAGCUCAAACAGAGCUUCUGACAAUGGAGAUGAUGAUGAUGAUGAUAAUAAUGAAGAAACAAGGUAGAAGUAGUAUUUUACCACCUUUGUUCUUCAUCCCAUUUUUCAUCUUCUUGUUGACAAUGAGCAGCAGCAUGACAAACAGCCUCUCACCAGAUGGUGAAGCUUUGCUGUCUCUCAUCUCAAGGUCCAGUAGCUCACCACUCCCUUCAUGGAACCCCUCCCACUCUACCCCAUGCUACUGGCAAGGCAUCACCUGCUCACCUUCCAACAGAGUCAUCUCCAUCUCCCUCCCUAACAUCUUCCUCAAUCUCUCUACUCUCCCUCCUCAGCUUUCCACCCUCACCUCUCUCCAACUCCUCAAUCUCUCCUCUUCAAACAUCUCUGGUUCCAUCCCUCCCUCCUUUGGCUCUCUCCCUUCCCUUGUCCUCCUUGAUCUCUCUUCCAACUCUCUUUCAGGUCCUAUUCCCUCUUCUCUUGGCUCUCUUUCUUCUCUUCAGUUCCUCCUUCUCAACUCCAAUCGUCUCUCUGGUCCUAUCCCUUCUUCCCUCUCCAAACUCACCUCUCUUCAAGUCCUCUGCCUUCAGGACAAUCAACUUAAUGGGUCCAUCCCUUCCCAACUUGGCUCAUUGCUCUCUCUCCAACAGUUCCGCAUUGGUGGCAACCCUUUCUUGACUGGCAUUAUCCCUCCACAGCUUGGUUUGCUUAGCAAUCUCACUACAUUCGGUGCUGCUGCCACUGCGCUCUCCGGACCCAUCCCGUCGGAGUUUGGUAACCUUCUCAACCUUCAAACACUUGCUCUUUACGAUACCGAUAUCUCCGGGUCCAUCCCUCCGGAGCUUGGUCAAUGCUCUGAGCUCCGGAACUUGUAUUUGCACAUGAAUAAGCUCUCUGGUUCUAUUCCUAGAGAGCUUGGCAUGUUGCAGAAGCUCACCAGUUUGCUUCUAUGGGGGAAUUCAAUCUCUGGUCCAAUCCCUUCUGAGCUUUCUAAUUGCUCUUCUCUUGUUGUUCUUGAUCUCUCUGUGAAUAAGCUCUCUGGUGUGAUUCCCGGGGAGUUGGGGAUGUUGGGAGUGUUGGAACAGCUUCAUCUUUCUGAUAAUAUCCUCACUGGUCCAAUCCCAGAGGAGUUGUGCAAUUGUAGUAGCCUAACUGCACUACAGCUUGAUAAGAAUGCAAUUUCUGGGUUUAUACCUGUCCAGAUAGGAAAUCUCAAGUUACUGCAAAGCUUGUUCUUGUGGGGCAAUUCAAUAUCAGGGACUAUACCUUCCUCUUUCAGUAACUGCACUGAGCUCUAUGCUCUUGACCUGUCUAAGAACAAGCUCACCGGAACGAUACCUGAUGAGAUAUUCAGCCUGAAGAAGCUCAGCAAGUUGUUGCUUUUGGGCAAUGCUUUGUCAGGUGAGCUACCAGCAAGUGUGGCUAAUUGUCAGUCGCUGGUGAGGUUAAGGAUUGGUGAGAACCAGCUCUCUGGCAAAAUUCCUGCAGAGAUUGGGAAGCUGCAAAACCUGGUGUUCUUGGACCUCUACACCAAUCAUUUCUCUGGUGAAUUGCCUGCAGAGAUUGCCAACAUUACUGUCUUGGAGCUGCUGGAUGUGCACAACAAUCACAUUUCGGGGAAUAUACCUCAACAGUUGGGCGAGCUGAUGAAUUUGGAACAGCUUGAUCUUAGUCACAAUAGCUUCACCGGGGAAAUCCCUCUGAGUUUUGGUAACUUAAGUUACUUGAACAAGCUGAUCCUUAACAACAACUUGCUAUCUGGGAUCAUUCCGAAUUCACUGAAGAAUCUUCAGAAACUCACAUUGCUUGAUUUGAGCUACAACAGCUUAUCAGAUCCCAUUCCACCUGAAAUUGGCUCAUUGACAAGCUUGACAAUCAGUUUGGACUUGAGCUCUAACAAGUUUGUUGGUGAAAUCCCCGAGGAAAUGUCCCAUUUGACACAGUUGCAAUCAUUGGAUCUUUCAAGCAACAUGCUCUAUGGCGGCAUUAAGGUAUUGGGAGUGCUAACAAGUCUUACUUCUCUCAACAUCUCCUUCAAUAACUUCUCUGGUCCAAUACCAGUGACACCAUUUUUUAGGACUUUUUCAGCAAACUCCUAUCUUGAUAACCCGAACCUCUGUCAGUCCUUCGAUGGUUUAACAUGCUCUUCAGAUCUUGUUCGGAGAACUGCUUUCAAAUCUAUUAAGACAGUUGCUCUUGUUUCAGUGAUCCUGGGUUGCAUUGCUCUGAUGUUCCUUGCUGCAUGGGUUCUGGUCAAUAGAAGGAGAAAGCUUGCAGCAGAGAAAGCCAUGAGAUUCUCAUGCCCUGGAAACAAUGACUUUUCGUACCCAUGGACUUUCACCCCAUUUCAGAAGCUAAACUUCAGCAUUGACAACAUCUUGGAAUGCUUGAAAGAUGAGAAUGUGCUUGGAAAAGGGUGCUCAGGAGUUGUCUACAAAGCUGAAAUGCCCAAUGGAGAAGUAAUUGCUGUGAAAAAGCUCUGGAAAACAAAGAAGGAAGAGGAGCUGGUGGAUGCAUUUGCUUCUGAGAUUCAGAUUCUCGGUCACAUUAGGCACCGAAACAUUGUCAAGUUAUUGGGAUACUGCUCAAAUAAAUGUGUGAAGCUCCUCUUGUAUAACUACAUCCCGAAUGGCAAUCUGCAGCAGCUUUUGCAAGAGAACAGAAACUUGGAUUGGGAGACUAGGUACAAGAUUGCUGUCGGUUCAGCCCAGGGACUGGCUUAUCUUCACCAUGAUUGUGUUCCAGCAAUCCUUCACAGAGAUGUCAAGUGCAACAACAUACUCUUGGAUUCAAAGUUUGAACCAUAUCUUGCAGAUUUCGGGCUAGCGAAGCUGAUGAAUUCUCCCAAUUUUCAGCAUGCCAUGUCCAGGGUUGCGGGUUCUUAUGGUUACAUAGCACCAGAGUAUGGGUACACCGCCAAUAUAACUGAGAAGAGUGAUGUCUAUAGCUAUGGAGUAGUCCUCCUAGAGAUCCUAAGUGGUCGAAGUGCCAUCGAGCCAAUGACUGGUGACGGUCUUCACAUUGUUGAAUGGGUGAAGAAAAAGAUGGGAAGUUUCGACCCUGCUGUGAAUGUUCUUGACUCAAAGCUCCGGGGACAUCCUGACCAGAUGGUGCAGGAGAUGCUGCAGACACUCGGCAUUGCCAUGUUCUGUGUCAACUCAUCCCCUUCGGAGCGGCCAACCAUGAAAGAAGUGGUGGCGUUGCUCAUGGAGGUGAAAAGUCAACCAGAGGAAUGGGGGAAGAUAUCACAGCAACCUCUAAUAAAGCCUACCAGCAGUGCCUGAUGAGUUCAAUAACAUGUCUUGAUGUUUUUCCUUUG